UAAGCUUCUGAACACAGAGUAGUUUUCAAAACCAAGGGAACUCAGUUUUAGUGACACAGAGGCAUCGUUGAACUUACUGAAGAGGAAAUGUCUAUGUGAGAAAUAUUGCUGAGGUAGCAUUACUUGAGAGCAAGCUACAAAAUAAACUAUAGGUGGAAAAACUUGAUUGGAUUCCAAGGCAGUGCUGCUGUUCAGAACCAGGAGAUCACAAAGUAUUCUUAAGAAGUACAUUCACUUCACCUUGCCUUUUUUUCCCCAAAAGCUGUUUCACUUAUCAGAUUUAAGAAUGCAUUUUUUUCAUCUGCUCUGUUAAGAUUUCUCUGCCCUUCAUAUUGACAUUUUGGCAGUUGUGACUUGAAUUUUAAGUGUUUCAUUUGAAACAUAACUUUAUUUUUGAACUCUAGAAAGUCAAGUAAGAAAUAUUAAAGAAGAAGUAGUGGAACAAGUGUCAGCGGCUGGUAAGCGUAGCAGGAGUUCAGUCAGAAUUAAGUUCAGGGAGAUGAUGCAUCAAUUAUGAAGAGUUACUUAAGGAGGAAGAUAAGGCUAGUUAUUGACUGCUUCUGCUGUGUAAUGAGGUAGGUAAAAAGUUUGACUGUGAAUCCUGUUGCAUACCUUGAUGGUUUAUUUUCUGGAGGGGCAAACAAACAAAAAACACAGAACUUACAGACUUUGGAGGUCUGCACUGUAUGAUUAGUGUCCAGUGUCAGGACUUGAGGAAACACAUGAAGUUGAGUCAGAGGAGAUUAAGGUUAGAUAUCAGAAAAAAGUUUUUCACCCAGAAGAUGGUUGAACGUUGGAACAGGCUCCCCAGGGAAGUCUCAGCACCAGCCUGACAGAGUUGAAGAUGUGUUUGGGCAAUAUGCUCAGGCAUAUGUGUCUUGAGGUGUCCAUGUAGGGCCAGGAGGUGAACUGAAUGAUCCUGAUGGGUCCCUUCCAACUCAGCAUAUUCUCUGACUGUUAUUCUAUGACUGAUGACUGAAAGAAAGUCUGACCAGUAUCCUCUUAGCUCCCUGCUCAGCCUUCUGGUACUUUCUGAAAUUGUCUGUAUUCAGCAGCACUCUUCAUCUGUCUCCUUUGUAUUGUUGCCAUCAAAAUUUAUACAGUAUGCUAGAAAACCUGUACAGUACAAAAAUUAUAGUACUUUUAAUUUAUUUAGCACUGAGGGGGAAGUGAAGGAGGAAAACAGUAUUUUCUUUUUCUUCUCUAGUUACAUUAGACAAUACAGUGGUCUUUGUGUUCCUUAUAUGAUAUUCAUUACCCUGCUUUUUUUCUUUGUCUUUAUUGCUUCUGUAGCAGCAGAACUGAAAUACUUAAGCUGGUUAGGAACAGGUCACAGAAAUGAACAUCAGAACAUACAUCCAGAAAAUCAGGAGCUAGUGCAAGCUCUUCGUCAGCAGCUUCAAACUGAUCAGCAGGAUGCUUCUGCUGGUGAUAGGCAUCGCUUCUAUACAGAUAUGUCGUGUCCAGUCUGUUUGCAACAGGCUACAUUUCCUAUAGAAACAAACUGUGGACAUCUCUUCUGUGGUUCCUGCAUUAUUGCCUACUGGAGGUAUGGCUCAUGGCUGGGAGCCAUCCGCUGUCCAAUCUGCAGACAGACGGUAACACUAUUCUUACCACUCUUUGGUGAAGAUCAGCAGGGCGCAGCCCAAGUGUUUCAAGAUGUUAACGAUUACAAUCGAAGGUUCUCAGGACAGCCCAGAUCGAUUAUGGAAAGAAUUAUGGAUCUCCCCACUUUAUUGCGACAUGCUUUCAGGGAGAUGUUUUCUGUAGGGGGCCUCUUCUGGAUGUUUCGCAUCAGAAUAUUCCUCUGCUUGAUUGGAGCCUUGCUGUACCUGGCUUCACCUCUGGAUUUUCUUCCUGAAGCUCUGUUUGGAAUUCUGGGGUUCUUGGAUGAUUUCUUUGUAAUUUUUCUUCUGCUGAUCUAUAUCUCUAUCAUGUACAGAGAAGUGGUAACACAGCGUCUAAAUAGAUGAAAUGGACAAAAGUGACCUAAAAGCACAGUCAGUUGUGGAAUGUUUUAAAAAGAAAACUAUAACGUAAGUAUGAUAUAGCAAGGUGCCUGCUUUAUCAUCUGUAUGAUUUCAGUAGAAACAAUUUCUUCGCUGGUUAUGUUAUACAAACAUAAAGGGUUAGUAUAUGGUGAUGCUUAACUGGAAUCUUUAAUUUAAUAUGCAUUACAUAUGCUUCAUAAGGAUGAGGUUAGUUUUAUAAUGUUGUAAUAAACCUCCUUCAUCUACUUCCACCAGAUGAACAGCUGUGUGUAAUGAAAGCAGGAAACAAUUUUUGUGGUGUGUUGUGGUUUGUGAUAAAAGAGUUCUAGCAAAGUACUUCAAACAAAAAGCCUGUUUGCAUAAUCUAGAUGUGUAAGAAAAUUCAGAAAUUCUUCACAGUAUAGUUAUCAUGGCUAAAUUGUUUGAUGUCUUGCUGUUGUAGGCUACAGUUUUUUGAAAUAAAAGUAGCUUUGUUUGUCUCUGUGGAAGAAGAAACCCAAGGACCACAUUACAGCUAUCACCCUGCAGUUUGCUGUUGUCAUCAUGCUUCAGAAGAAUAAGGAUAAUACCUUGGUAUUGCUUGAACUGCACUGUGUACAGUUGCAUGCAAUUUGUACCAUUUUAUUUUUAUAUUUGGGAAUAUACACACAGUAUCUGCACUACAUAGAGAAAUCAGUAUUAUGCACGUCACACUUGUUAGUGCUCUAUUUUUUUUAAGUGAGAGCAUGUUUUUUCUCUUCAGACUUUUUUAUUUGGCAAGUAUAUAUCUUAGAAGCAGAGGUUGUGUGUUGCUUUGGGUCAAUGCAGUAUGUGUGAAAUGCAGCUUUGCAUUUCUGUAGAAGCAUUUGGCCAAUUGGAGAGGAUACUCAAAUUCCAAAUAGUGGUUGAAAUAAAGAAGUCAGAACUGGAUGUUUACACUACAUGUACAUAUAUUUGUAUGUGUACAGUGUAGUUGUUUACCCAAAUAUGCAUUCUGCAGUAUAUGUGUACUAAACAAUAUAGAUACUGGGAUGAUUUUCAAUUGGAGUUCUCUUGUUUGGUUGGUUGUUUGAUUUGGAUGUUGAAAGAAGAGGUUCUGAAUUACCUUGAAAAAGAGUCUGUGAUAACAGAGAGGACCACAAAAAAAUCUUGAAAGUGUUUUCAAAAAUACCAGGGUAUUAAUUAUCCUUAAACCUGAUAUUUUUUUUCAUGUUGAAUUUCAGCAUAGGCUAUCAUAGCUGUACAAGUAAUUUGAAAAUGCUUUCGUUUUGAGCAAUGAUUACCAUAAAGGUCCAGGAUAUGACAGAUCAUUGUACUUUUUACCUAGAGGAAUCAUAAUUGCAAUUUAACUUCCUGAGUACUUGAAAGACAGUGAAUGAACAGGUGAUUCUUUGUGUGUUUACAUACAUGGAACGAAAGGGACCUUUUCACUGCUUCUGUGUUUUCCCCUUGCAGGUGUCCUUCCACAGCUUCUAGCACUUAGACCUGUGCAGGAAGAUGAUAGAACAGAAACCUCAGGUGUCAGUCAUUGAGGGUGCAGAUUGUCCUUCAGUGUCAGUGUUCUAAAUGACAUUCAUUUAAAACUAAAUUCAUUGACUCUUCAUUUGAAAAUUUAGUUUUAGAAGUCCAAGGACACUUUACAGAUGAACUGGAAAGCUAAACUUUUCUUUUUGCUGUUUGUUAGAGAUGGAUAAGGAGGGAAAAGGGAAGUGAAGCAAGGUUUGGAGGAAGAGAGCUAGAGAGAAAAUUACAUUUUUGGAAGCAAAUGCUAGCUAACUUGUCUUGAGCAUCUUAGUUGAGCUUUUCCCACUGUGUUGGCAUUGCUAAAGUAUGGUGGUGUUUUAGCGGCUACCUCAAUUAAAACUCUUUAAGGUAUUAUUGAGUAAGGGUGAGAUAUUCAUAAGCCAUUAGGUGCAUUUACUAAGCAAGAUAGUAGUGUAGGAUGUUAUGUAAGACAGGAUUUCACAGUUUUGCUGUAAGUAUUUUUUUUAUUGUUUUGGGGUUUUCUUUCCCAAGAAAUCUAGUUGAAAACAAACCUCAAAAAUUCUUUUUUGAUUGAGUAAAUUUAACAUCCUCUUUUCUCCUGGAGUUUAAGUUGUAGGUCUGCUUAGAGAAGAGUGUGAACUGUUCUUGUAGUGUAAUUGGAUUUUGUUCACGGAAUUUGUUGAUCUAGUACCUCAUCCAUACUUUUAUCCUAUGAUUGUAAUUUUCCUAUGACUCUCUAAAUCCAGAGUGGAUAUAGAUGCACAUGAAGCUGCUUACUGAUUGGUUUUCUUUGAAUUUCUCAAUUCCAUGUGCUACUUUGAAGUUCAUGUGGAAAUUCUCUAUCCCAUCUAAGAGGAUCCUGUGUAUCUGAAAUCAUACAUGAACAUACAUCUGAAAGACUAUAUGAAGUUUACCACCCAUGUUCCUUUUCUUCAAUAAGUUUCUGAUAGCCAGAAGGGUUUCACUCAGAUGCAUCUGUUUCCUUCUGAGUACUGAGUAACACUGCAGUCGUAAAUUCAACACAUUAAAUGCUUGACAGAAUUAGGACUGUUCUUUUCGGUGAUAUGCGUGCUUGCUUGUGGAUAUACUUUUUUGGUCGUGCAAGCCAGUGAUAAACAGUAUUAUGACUUGUUCAGGCCUUUUUGUGUAAUGCAGAGAUGCAUCUGUCCUGCAAUGCCUGGCCACUGCUCCUUUCCACAAAUUUGAAGUAGAUAUAAAUUAGCUAUCUUGGGUACUUAGCUUGAGCUUAACCUAAGCUCUAGAACUCCCAAGAAGCUGGAGAAUAAAAUAUGGGCAUGUAGUAUUCCUGAACUGUGUGCUGCCAUGUUGUUCUGGCAGCAAUGUGAAAGGUAAGUGUUAGGGCUGAACACUGUCUUCAGAAUGUGGAGGAAAUAUAUGAUGCUGUGUGCAGAGUGACUGAAACACUGCUGUGGUUUUGUCUCCUGAGAUGGGGCAGGCUUGUCACUAAGGGAGAAAAAUUUAAAAAAGGAAAACUAUAGCAGGAAGAUGUAUGGGGAUAAAACACAGUUCUUAAAAGAUCAUGUGGGCACCAAAAGCUAUGUGAAAUAUUUGAUUGUUCUAGCAAUACUAACAAAGAGGGAAACAAAAAUAAUACUUAAUAGCUCUUGCAAAAUAACUUGUAGCAUCUUGAGGCCUAAUGAUCAUCGCUGUAUAGAGCGAUCCAUUUCUGUGCUGUUUGUGUGCCACACCAUUGAUGUCUGUGAUGAUCAGGCAGAAUGGUGUGGUUUGGGGAUACAAUUUUGCCGUAAGUUUCAUAGAACUGUAGCAGUAUGUUACUCUAGAUUUUUAAGACAAAAGAGUUUAAAACUACUUGUUGUUACUUUUAAUGAUAAUAAAUUGCUGUUGAAGAGA